AAGGGGAGCUCGAGACGAAGGAACUCCCUAGAGCGCCAAGGAUGGAGCAUCUCCGGCUCAGCCUGGCGGCUCCGCUGCAGCUGGUAGCGCAGAGGACCGAGAGGAGCGGCGGCGGCGGCGGCGAGCUCAGCAGGUUCCUCGCCAAACAGAUCUGGAGUCAGCAGGACCGUCAGUGCAUUCUCCGUGCCUUGGCGCAAUUAUUACUGGAUAAAGAAUGCACACUUUUAAUUGGUCGCCAAUUUCGUCCAAUCUUGCUGGAUUUGUUGGAACGAAAUGCAGAAAUCAUUAAAUCUAGUGGCCAGAUCAACCAUGAUAUUCAUGAAAGACUCUGUGUGGCAAUGAGCAAACUUAUUGGGGAUCACCCAGAUGUGAUGCCAUUUGCUCUGAGAUACUUUAAGGAUACUUCUCCGGUGUUCCAAAGACUCUUUCUGGAGAGCUCAGAUACCAGCAUGGUUCGAUAUGGGCGUCGGCGGAUGAAGUUAAGGGAUCUCAUGGAAGCAGCCUUCAAAUUUCUCCAAAAAGAGCAAUCUGUAUUCCAAGAGUUGUGGGACUGGAGUGUUUGUGUCCCCUUACUAAGGAGUCAUGAUACUUUAGUUCGAUGGUAUACUGCCAGUUGUCUUGCAUUGGUUACAUGUAUGAAUGAUGAGCAUCGACUAUCAUUUCUGAAGAAGAUUUUUAAUCCAGAAGAGUUAAUACAUUUCAGACUUAAGCUACUGGAAGAAUCGCGGAUGCAGAAUGUUGAGUGUGCCCUUGUCUUGGCCAACCCAGACAUAACCUUUUGGAACAAAGAGGAGGAGUUGCGGUACACUCAGGGAGAGCUUGUAUCUGCUGACCUCUCUGCAAAGGUAGUAGCAGUAUGUGGAGUUGUGCUACCUAGACAACAGUUUGGGCCCAGAGAAAAUCAGGUGAACAUAUUGAACCAAUUUGUGUUGGUGAAGUCUAUCUGUACAAAUCUUCAAAACCUUGCUAUGGCUGUAACUUCACAAAAUGCGGUGUUGCUUGAAGGGCCAGUAGGAUGUGGCAAAACAUCUCUAGUUGAAUUCCUGGCAGCACUUACUGGAAGGACAAAGCCGCCUCACAUUCUGAAAGUCCAACUCGGAGAUCAAACUGACAGUAAGACCUUACUGGGAAUGUAUCGUUGUACAGAUGUACCAGGGGAAUUUGUGUGGCAACCAGGGUCCUUAACCCAAGCAGUCCGCAAAGGGCACUGGAUACUCUUGGAGGAUAUUGAUUAUGCUCCUCUUGAUGUGAUUUCUGUAUUAAUUCCUCUUCUGGAAAAUGGAGAAUUAUUGAUUCCUGGACGAAGUGACUGUAUAAAAGUAGCUCCUGGAUUCCAUCUUUUUGCAACAAGAAGAGUCUUCGGUUACGGUGGUGGUUGGUACCGACAGCAAAAUAGCCAUGCUGCUCUUCUGGACAAAUAUUGGAUGAAAGUUCGGCUAGAUAACAUGCCUAAAGCUGAACUCAGAGAGAUUCUUCAGAGGAAUUACUCUAAACUUGCAAAAGUAAUGGAUCGUCUGUUGGACAUCUACAUUGAGCUCACCGGUGAUAAACAUCUCUCUGAAAGUCCCGAUGUGAGAGAAGAUAACAUAAUGGAAGACACACCACACUUUACUGAAAACAAAAGGCCAAGCUUAGAAGGCAGAGAGUUAUCUCUGAGGGAUUUGCUGAAUUGGUGCAACAGGAUUGCGUUCAACUUUGAUAGUUCUUCCUCUACUGCACUGAAUAUUUUCCAUGAGGCAUUAGACUGUUUCACAGCUAUGCUGUCCAAGCAAGGCAGUAGAUUGAAGAUGGCAGAGAUCAUUGGAAGCAAAUUGAACAUUUCGAGGCAUAAGGCUGAAUACUACUGUCAACUUUAUAAACCUGAAAUUGUAAUAGGAGAGCAAGAAGUUUCCGUGGGAAGAGUCCAGAUCUUUCGGAAGCAAACACAUACAUUGCUCGUGCAAAGGAAAAAGCAGACCUUUGCACCUACACGUCCUUCUGCAGUAUUAAUUGAGCAGCUUGCAGUGUGUGUUGACAAAGGAGAACCUGUAUUAUUGGUGGGUGAAACAGGGACAGGCAAAACAUCUACUGUUCAAUACCUGGCCCAUAUCACAGGACACAGUUUGAGGGCUAUCAAUAUGAAUCAGCAGAGUGAUACUGCAGAUCUUCUAGGAGGCUACAAGCCAGUGGAUAACAGACUGAUUUGGUUGCCCUUGCGAGAAUCUUUUGAGGAGCUUUUUGCACAGACAUUUUCCAGAAAGCAAAAUCAAACUUUCUUAGGGCACAUCCAGACAUGCUACAGACAAAAGCGCUGGCAUGACCUUCUCAAACUGAUGCAGCAUGUUCAUAAAUCUGCUAUUAAUAAAGAAGCUAAAGAAAAUGCAUCUGGCUCAUCAUUGAAGGAAAAGUGGGACGAACUUGGUAUCCAGUUGAGCCAUGCCCAGCAGCAGAUGAAGAUGACAGAAAAUGCUCUGGUCUUUGCAUUUGUAGAGGGCACCCUGGCACAAGCGGUGAAGAAAGGAGAAUGGAUUCUGCUCGAUGAGAUUAACUUGGCUGCAGCAGAGACUUUAGAAUGUCUGAGUGGGCUACUUGAAGGAUUGUCUGGUUCAUUGGUGUUGCUAGAUAGAGGAGACACAGAGCCAUUGGUACGUCAUCCAGAUUUUCGUUUGUUUGCCUGUAUGAACCCAGCCACUGAUGUUGGGAAAAGAAAUCUACCUCCAGGAAUACGGAACAGGUUUACUGAACUUUACAUAGAAGAACUACAAAAUGAAGGAGACUUGCAGAUCCUUAUCAUGGAUUAUCUGAAAGGGCUGAACGUGAGCAAAAACAUAGUGCAGGGAAUCAUAAAUUUCUAUUUGUCCGUGAGAAGUGAGUGUGAAACAAGACUGGUGGAUGGGACAGGCCACAGGCCUCAUUAUAGCCUUCGUACUCUGUGCAGAGCUUUGAGAUUUGCAUCGUCCAAUCCAUGCAACAACAUACAGCGCUCACUUUAUGAGGGCUUUUGCUUGGGCUUUCUCACACAGCUUGAUAGAAUUUCUUACCCAGUUGUUCAAAGGCUAAUAUGCCAGUAUAUCCUGUCUGGGAACGUGAAAAACAUUCUCAAGCAGCCCUUACCUGAGCCCAAAGGAGGGAGAAUGAUUAAAGUAGAGGGAUACUGGAUUUCAGUUGGUGAUAAAGAACCCACUGUGGAUGAGAGUUACGUACUCACACCUUCGGUUAAUCUUAAUCUCAGAGAUAUUGUCAGAGUUGUAUCUGCUGGGACUUAUCCAGUGCUGAUUCAAGGAGAUACUUCUAUUGGUAAAACCAGUUUAAUCCGCUGGUUAGCUGCUGCAAGUGGGAACCACUGUGUUCGGAUUAACAAUCACGAACACACUGAUAUCCAAGAGUAUAUUGGCUGUUAUACAUCGGAUGUAUCUGGGAAGCUGGUAUUUAAGGAAGGUGUCCUCAUUGAUGCUAUGAGAAAGGGCUACUGGAUAAUCCUGGACGAACUGAACCUGGCACCCACUGAUGUUUUGGAGGCACUGAACAGAUUGCUAGAUGACAACAGAGAGCUGUUUAUAACAGAGACCCAAGAAACAGUCAAAGCUCACCCAAGAUUCAUGUUAUUUGCUACCCAGAAUCCUCCAGGGCUUUAUGGAGGCAGGAAGGUUUUGUCUAGAGCCUUCAGGAACAGAUUUGUGGAGCUGCAUUUUGAUGAACUACCAAGUACUGAACUGGAAACGAUCUUGCACAAAGGAUGCCAGCUUCCACCUUCCUACUGUAGUAAAGUUGUCAAAGUCAUGCUGGAGUUGCAGUCUUAUCGCAGAGGUUCGUCAGUGUUUGCAGGCAAGCAUGGCUUCAUUACUCUACGGGAUCUGUUCCGUUGGGCUGAAAGGUAUCGAUUAGCAGAACAGACAGGCGAGGAUUAUGACUGGCUUCAACAUUUAGCCAAUGAUGGAUUCAUGCUUCUGGCAGGAAGGGUGCGGAAGCAAGAAGAAGUGGAUGUUAUUCAAACAGUCAUUGAAAAACACUUUAAGAGGAAAUUGCACCCCCAGUAUCUCUUCUCAGAAGAAAGUGUGAGGAAGCAAAUGGCUAAAGCCUCUACAUGGAGUUCUGUAAUGGAUGACGAGUUCAGUCACAUUGUUUGGACUCAAGGGAUGACGAGGCUUGCAGUUUUGGCAGGCCGAGCAUUAGAGUUUGGUGAACCCAUACUUCUGGUUGGAGAUACGGGGUGUGGCAAAACUACUAUUUGUCAGAUAUUUGCAGCUUUAGCAAGUCAGAAAUUGCAUUCUGUGAACUGCCACUUGCACAUGGAGACCUCUGACUUCCUGGGUGGACUGCGGCCAGUCAGGCAGCGAUCAAAGGACAAGGAGGAGCUUGACAAUUCUAGGCUGUUUGAAUGGCAUGAUGGAGCCCUUGUUUUAGCAAUGAGAGAGGAUGGCUUUUUUCUCAUGGAUGAGAUUUCAUUAGCCGAUGAUUCUGUUCUAGAAAGACUUAAUAGUGUUCUUGAAACUGAAAAGACAUUGGUGUUAGCAGAAAAAGGUGGCGAGGACAAUGAAGUUGAAUUGCUGACUGCAGGAAAGAAAUUUCGUAUUUUAGCCACAAUGAAUCCUGGUGGUGACUUUGGAAAGAAAGAGCUAUCACCUGCCCUGCGUAAUAGAUUUACAGAAAUAUGGUGUCCACAAAGUAACAACCGUGAGGAUUUAAUACGGAUUGUAAAGCAUAAUCUUCAUCCAGGGCUUUGUCUGGCCCAAAGAAGCAACAGAGGAAUGGAUAUAGCAGAACUUAUGAUGGAUUUCAUAGAGUGGCUGACUAAUCAAGAAUUUGGACACCAAUGUAUUCUCAGCAUCCGGGAUGUUCUGUCAUGGGUCAAUUUCAUGAAUACUAUGGCACAAGAUGGACUGUCAAAUGGCUCACAGGAGCACCAGCUUUUUAGCAUCUCUCCCGUGACAACAUUUGUCCAUGCUGCAUGUCUGGUGUACAUAGAUGGGAUAGGUUCAGGCACAAUGUCCUGUUCAGCUGGCUCAGCUGCUUUGGCUCGUGAAAAGUGUCUGGAAUAUUUGUGUGAAACACUUUCCCAGAUUGUGCCACUCACUGAGGAUCAGAGGAAUGAACUGAGAAUUUAUGACCUGGAGAGGGAGAGGGAAAUGGUCUGGCUGGAUAAUUGCGUAGGAGUCCAUCCCUUUUUUAUACCAAUAGGCCCUCUUUAUCAGAAGAACAAUGUCACGGACUAUGCUGUAAAUGCAGGAACCACAGCAAUGAACGCUCAGCGGUUGUUACGGGCCUUGCAGCUCAGCAAGCCCAUUCUCCUGGAAGGCUCUCCAGGGGUUGGGAAGACCAGCCUAGUAGCAGCCUUGGCCAAGGCUUCAGGGAAUUGCCUUGUUCGAAUCAAUCUGUCUGAGCAAACGGAUGUCACAGAUUUGUUUGGCACAGACUUGCCUGUUGAAGGUGGCAAAGGAGGGGAAUUUGCCUGGCGCGAUGGACCCUUGCUUGCAGCAUUGAAAUCUGGGGACUGGAUCGUAUUAGAUGAGCUGAACUUGGCUUCUCAGUCGGUACUAGAAGGCCUGAAUGCCUGUUUUGACCAUCGAGCAGAGAUUUACAUCCCUGAAUUGGGGAUGAGCUUCGGUGUACAACACAAGACCACGAAGAUCUUUGGAUGUCAGAAUCCCUACAGGCAAGGAGGGGGCAGAAAAGGGCUUCCCAAGUCUUUUCUGAACAGAUUCACACAGGUUUAUGUGGAUCCACUUUCAGCAGCAGAUAUGGAGUAUAUUGGGAACACCCUGUUUCCUGCCAUUGGUAAAAAAAAUAUUGCAAAGAUGGUUGAAUUCAACAACCAGAUCGAUCAAGAGAUUAUGAUCGAGAAGAAGUGGGGACAUAAAGGUGGACCCUGGGAGUUUAAUCUGCGUGACCUUUUCCGAUGGUGUCAGCUGAUGCUUGUUGACCAGUCACCUGGCAGUUAUGACCCAGGCCAACACAUGUUUUUGAUAUAUUGGGAAAGGAUGAGAACAAAAGCAGACAAGGAGAAGGUGGUGUCCCUAUUCAAGGACAUUUUCGGUGAAAAUGCUAAUCCAUACAUGGGAACUAGACAGUUCCACAUCACUCCUUAUGACAUCCAGGUUGGGUUCUCAAUCCUCUCCCGUGCCAACUAUGUUCCUCCUCCUGGCAGAAAUCUGUCACUUCUCCACCAUUCACUCCAGCCAUUGGAAUCCAUCAUGAAAUGUGUGCAUAUGAGCUGGAUGGUAAUAUUGGUGGGCCCUGCAGCUGCUGGCAAGACCAGCCUCGUUCAGCUACUGUCAUAUCUAACCGGUCAUCAGUUAAAGAUCAUGGCAAUGAACAGUGCUAUGGAUACAACAGAAUUGUUGGGUGGAUUUGAGCAAGUUGACAUCAUCAGACCAUGGAAGACCUUGCUGGAGAAGGUGGAGAAUGUUGUGAGCACACUUUUAAGAGACAGCCUCCUCCUCAGUGCCAUCUCUCCGGAUGAUGCUGAGCUUGUGUUGCGUACCUGGAGCAGUUUCGUUCUUAAUUUCAAACCCAAGACUCUGGGCGAAGGGAAUCGAACAAUAACCACUGAACUAGUGAAUAAAUUGGAAGGCGUUCUUGCAUUGAUCCAGCGGCUGAAUACCAAGAUCAGUUCUUACUCAAAGCCAGAGUUUUCAAGACUUGUGGAAGAGUUUCGGCACUUCAAGCUGCAGGUUGUCCAGUUUAUGAACAGCAACAACCAUGGUACUUUUGAAUGGGUUGAUGGGAUGUUGGUUCAGGCUUUACAGUCUGGAGACUGGCUUCUGAUGGACAAUGUUAACUUCUGCAGCCCUUCCGUGCUUGACCGCUUGAAUGCUCUUCUUGAACCUGGAGGAGUCCUUACCAUGAGUGAAAGAGGAGUGAUAGAUGGUGUAACUCCCACUGUCACUCCCCAUCCAAAUUUCAGGCUUUUUCUUUCAAUGGAUCCUGCACAUGGGGAAAUCUCCCGAGCCAUGCGGAAUCGUGGAAUCGAGAUAUAUGUCCCUGGGGAUACCAAUGAGAAUUCACUGGAUCCUCAUGAUGUGAAGCUGCUGUUGCAUGGAUUGGGAUUAUUGGGAAAUAGCAUAUGUGAUGCACUUGUGGCUGUACACACAGAAGCUAAAGAAAGUAUACCAGGGUCCACGUACACGCUAUCGUCUUUGAUUCAUUCUGCAACGCUGAUUGUGCAGCAGUUGCACCGGGGGCUUGGUCUAGCGAAGAGCUUCUAUAAAGCAUGUUGGGAGGUCUAUGCUUGUCCUCAGCAUUCACAGGACCAUCAAAAGCUUGUGCUGGAUGUGAUAUUGAAGUAUGUUUCAGCUUUGGAGUCGGAUGAAACAAGAGGUGUCUCCCUCCUGGCCUUGGGUUUGUGGCCAGAUUCUGCAUCCAGUGCUUUGUUUGCAGCUGAAGAUUCUCUCCUUUCUACAGUUCAUAAUGAUGGGCAGGUCCUGGCAUAUUGCCUGAACAGACUGAAUCUAAAAAACAACAGGACACUUCCUCUUACCAUACAUGACUUUGAGAAAAUUCUACAGUCUGCAAAUCCAGAUUGUCUCAAAUUCAGUGCAGUUGAGAUGAGUGCUUUUUGGGCAGAUGACAUGGAGGUCCUUUCUGCAGCAGUUAAGUUGUUCAUAGAAAAGGCAACCAAUCAGGACUGGACAUUGAGAGUUGGGUGGCUUAAUCAGUUAAAAAAGAACUUAUCCCAAGUGCCUGAUUCAGUGCAUACUCAGCUGGAAGCUGGAGCUGCAUCUCUGAAUAAUUUCUACUUCAGCCCCCUCUCAGGCGGAAUCAGUAAUGUAAUAAAGAUGCUGCAACCAAAUAUGACUGAUGAACACGUGAUUCCUAUGGAUCCAAGGUGGAACAUGCAGUGUUUGGAUAUGAUUAGCAAUUCAGUGGAUUUUGAUGCAGAAGUGGAACACUCAGAUCAGCUGCUUAUUCUUCUGAAAUCACUUUCAAAUCGGGCAAUAUUGUUUCUGGACCGCGAGAAAAAGAGCUAUAUUGAACGAAGCUUGAUUAACACAAAAAAGCCAAAAACCAGUGCCUUGAGGAUAUCUUUAGAGUUCCAUAAAGAUCCUGGCAACCACAACUCAGUUCCGCAUGCUAUUGUGGCCAACCUUGCUGCCUUCUUUGAGCUCUGGGAUGCCUUCGUGUUGCACUGGGUGAAGUCUACUCAAGUAGCUGUGUCUGAUGAAAAAUUGUAUGAAAUACUGCAUUGCUUAUUGUGGCGUGACAAGUUUUGGACAACAUCUGACAUGGUAGCUGUGGAUUCUUCUGGCCUGACACUCCUGUCUCUUCACUGGCACUGGGUUGUGAAACAUUUAAUCGGCAGAAUACCUGAGUUACUGAGUGGAUAUGAACAACAAAAGCUGUCCAAGGAUAUUCAGUCUGUGUCUCAGGAAAUUCAGUCUUGUCUGGCCAAUCCUGCUGGUAAUUCUGCCAGCAUUAAGAAGCUGCAGAAGUCUUUGGGAAAACCUCUUCCCUUCAAGGAUAAAGAAGUUGUGGAAACUGCUGCCCAGCUGAGGAGACUCUCCAAAGCACUUAAUAUCCUGGAACUGAGACCCACUUUUGGGGAUGAUCAAUUGCAAAAGGAAAUCUGUAUUCUGAAAACUGCUGCCACAGAGUGGAAGAUAAAGACUGCGUUACUUCAAGCUCAAAGCCUCAUUCUCAGGGCCAAUCAUUUGAAGGAUAUUAGUUCUGACGAAUUGCGGACUUUGGUGAGUCUCCAGCAUUCAAAGCUGAAGGAAGGAGGAGCACUGGUUGAACCUCUUAAAGAAAAGCCUGAGGGCAAGCAGGUGGACUCUACUUUGUUACCUCAGCUCUGUAGUAGGGUGCAGCUGUGGCCUGCAAUGGAGUAUCUCGCUGUUUUAUGGCAGUACAAGCUGACCUCUGAUUAUAUCGGUGAGGCUUACUUGCAAAGGAAUGGCAACAGUCGACAAUUAAGCAUAUGUUCAGAAAUAAGGCAAUUUAUUGCUUUUUGCCUUAAGUUGACACCAACUACCUCUCAACAGCUUCAAGGAUUUUGUUACCUGUUGGAGCUUCAUAAGGUCUCUGCAGAAGAAAUUUCUCUCUUGUGGUCAGAACUGGUGAGUGCUGCUUUAGCAGCAUUCUGGAGCAGUACUGUAACUUUAGAUCCACAGCGCUGGCUAUCCUGGCAGCCACUAUCCAUGGAAGAGAAGAAGAUGCCAAAGUCUCUCAUGGACUGUUCUGUUCAGGGUGUGGGUAUUUUGAGUCGAGCAGUUUUCUCCAAGUGCCUCUCUGAAAUUCUAACUAGCAGCAGCAAGUGGAGCCAAUGGGAUGUGACGGGCCUUCCUGUUCUUUCCGCCUCCAAUGUGACCCUGGGAGAAUGGCUGGAGAGAGCACAGCAACUGCAGGAAGCCAGCACGAUUCUGUGGACCAACUUGGCCUUUUCUACUAUUGCUGAAUUUAGGUUUACAGAUUCCCAGUUCCAAUGUGUCAUGUUGCACAGGCAACUCAUGGCUCUCAAAGACCUGCUUCCAGUAGAACUGCAAGAGGAGUUUCUCCGAAACUGUGACAAGGUCUUCACCAAGGAGCCGGUGGCUUUUCCAUACCUUUGCAAAAUACUCAGGGAUGUUGCUGCUUGGGACCUAUUGCCGGAGCAGAUUCUCUGCCUCUGGCUGACUUGUUUGCAGCAGUUCUUUGGGCAGGAAGGAGGACUGCAGAACUUGCCUGAAACUGCUCAGCGAGGCAGUCUCUGGGUCAGUCUAGGUCUGCUGCAGAUUCAACUGUGGCUUCCACAGACUCAGUUUGAUCCUGCGGUGAAAAGGAAAUACAAACUCAAGUAUGCAGAGGAAGAGUUGCACCAUCUUGAAUGCGAAUGGAAAACACACAAUCUGUCAACUCAGUUACAAACGGGGAAAGAUCUUGAAGACGAAACUAUCUGCAGUCACGGUCACCCUCAUAUCAGGAUGUUAUGCCAAAGGAUCCAGAAGCUAAAGGAUCAAAUUGCCAGCCUCGGCCAGAAGCAAGCCUUUAGACCGCGAGCUCCUUCGCACGAGUUCUUGUAUCAGGAAGUUCAUCAGUAUGUCAGCAGCAUUGCUCAGACUUCGAAAGUCCAGGAUCUCUUGACACGCCUUGUGCAGUUCCUCCAUACGGAUAAAUCCCAGUCUCUCCAAGUGGUACAGAAUGUGCUCAACGAGGAAGCGGCCUGGCAGCAGUCCCACCAUCAGUUCAGGAAGCAUUUGGCAGAGGACUAUGCUGCCUACCCGGACGCAGUGAUUCCUCUGCAAGCUGCCAUUUUGCAGGUGCAGCAUGGGCUGCGCCUCGUGGCUUCUGAAGUCCAUAGAACAGCAUUCAGCAGUUUUGUCAGUCCAGCCAAACUCGGCGCCCUUGUUGCUUCUCUGCUGUCGUUCCCGUCCGUUAGUGGCGCCUUUCCCAGUUACCUUUCCCAUGCUGAUUCUCUGUGCUCAGUGAACUCUCUGGACGUCCUUCAUGGCCUUAAGAGGUUAUCUCUGAAAUACUCUGCUGAAGGUUCUGACGGAGAGCAGAGGAUGUGCCUGACCCAGGAGCAGCUGCUCGUGAACGCUUUAUUGUAUCUCCAUUGCCAUGUGCUCUCCAAGGGAGAACUGGACCAUAAAUCCCUGCAGCUUUUUAGACAUUUGUGUCAGGUAAUUAUAAAUGAAUGGGACGAACAGGAGCGUCAGGCCCAGGAAGAAGAGGAACAAAAGAACAGUCUUUAUAGGUACAAGACCAAGAGCCAUGGAAGUGGCCUCAGUGAAGAGGAGGAGGAAGAGAGAGAAUUCAGGAAGAGAUUUCCUCUUCAUGAGAAGGAUUUUGAAGACAUUACAGCUCAGGCGAGCCUCGAGGGGAAAAUAGAAAUGGAGGAAGGUUUGGAAAAUGAAGCAGUCUCUGGAAAACCUCUCCUUUCCCAUCUCUCAAUGAAAACAGUAAUGAAGGUUCAUCAGCAACUAUGCCUUUAUUUUGCACGCUCCUUGUGGUAUCAGCAAAACCUGGCCUCCCAUCAGGGAAAGGAUCAUUUGAAUGUGUUUCUUUCCUGUUAUCAGACUGGUGCCUCACUGGUGGCUCACUUCUAUCCUUUGAUUGGUUCUGAAAUGAAUGAUAAUAUUCAUGGCAGCCACCUUCUGGUUAGUACAAUACUGCAGAAUACCCUUUUUGAAGAAGGAUCUUCGGAACUCACCCUGCAGAUUGAAGGGCCGUAUGACUUUUAUCAUCAUCCUAAUAUUCAACAAGUACGACAGUGCCAGCAUGUGCUUGAAAACUUCACUAAAGAAGUGAAAGCCCUCUUGCAAGAAUGGCCUGAGCACCCUGCGCUUGUCCAGCUCUUGGUUGUGAUGAACAGGAUCUGUAGUUUUCCGCUCUCCAGUCCCCUCUCAAAGAUCCUGAAUGGCUUGGAAAUUCUGUUGGCCAAAUCUCAGGAUUGGGAGGAGAAUGCUAGUCGAGCUGUGUCUCUGAGGAAACACCUUGAUUUGGUUACUCAGCUGAUCAUCCAGUGGCGUAAACUAGAGCUGAAUUGUUGGUCUGUCAGUCUGGACAAUACAAUGAAACAUCACGUGGAAAAAUCUAUGAAACCCUGGCUUUCAGUCUAUCAGAUGAUUGAGAAAUACAGGCAAGACCAGAGAGAGCAGCAAACUGAAGAAGCUAAUUUAACAGUAGUGGUCAACACACUGCAGGCUUUUAUAGAAGGAUCCACAUUGGGGCAAUUUCACACUCGACUCCAGAUGCUUUUGGAAUUCCAUUGUCACGUUUUACUGAUACCACAGGUGGAAGGAAAUGGUAUGCUGUGCAAUGUAUUAUGGAAUCUAUACAAUUAUUAUAAGCAGUUUUCAGAGUGUAUCCAUGCCAAGGUGGCUGAACUUCGGCAUCCUAUAGAAAAAGAACUAAAGGAGUUUGUGAAAAUCUGUAAAUGGAACGAUGUCAGUUUUUGGGCUGUAAAGCAGUCUGUGGAGAAGACACACAGGACGCUUUUUAAAUUCAUGAAGAAGUUUGAAGCUGCUCUCAAUGAACCCUGUCGAUCUGCCUUGGUGGAGACAGACAAAGAAGAGCAACUUAUUUCCUUGCAAAAACAGGAGACAUUGGGCAAUCAAGAAACUAAAAUCAGGAGCCUGAACAAUAUAUUAAGGAAAAAACUGACCGUUGGAACAGAGGUUGCUCAGGCUACUCAUUUAGAAGGCUUCCAUGAAGAUGUGUUCCAUCCAGAAUCCCUUCAGGGUCGUUUACCGAAACUCACAAAACGAAUGAAGAAGAUAUGUACAACUCUAGUGAAAAACAACUCAUUUUUAGAUCUGGUGGAGAACCUUGACAAUUUCACAGGUGACAUAAUUUCCUCUGCCCAUGAAUUGCAGAACAUGUCUGUGAAUCCAGCUGCAGAAAAGGAAAAACAGAAGUCUGAGGUCAAACAUUUACUCGUGCAGAAACAAAGAGCCCUCACAGAGCUCUUUAAAAAUCUUGCAGCUGCAGGAUUGUCGUAUCGCAAAGGCCUUGCUUGGUCUCGAUCAAAAACCUCCCAAGAUCUGCUUUUUCUUCAUCCGUUGGAUUUGCGCAGUGCAUUAGCCUUAGUUAACUGCACACACAAACUGGAUGCAACGUUACUCUCUGAGAUCUCCUUAUCCUGGGAUGGAUGCCAGAAAUACUUCUAUCAGUCGCUUGCACGCCACUGUAAGCUUCAGACAGUUUUAUUAGCGCCUUCAAAGGAAAUUGGACUGGGCACUGUUGAGAGAUGUAAAGGAUUCACCGCACACCUCAUGAAGAUGCUCGUCAAGCAGAGGAACUCUCUAACUGCCUUGACAGAGCAGUGGAUUUUCCUGAGGAAUCUUCUGAGCACUGUACAGGAGAUUGAUACCAGGCUGAAUGUUGCUAGUGAAUAUGAAGUAGCCUUUCCUCCUCAAGAUGGUGUUCAGCAGUGGACUGACAGGUUGCAGUACCUUGCCAUGCAGUGUAUAGUGGUCCUGGAGCAGCUGUCCUGGUUAAUAGAGUGCUGUCCAAAAGGCCAAUUUUUGAAUGAUACCACGAAAGAAAUCCAAUCUGAAGGAACUGAACUGAAUCCAUCAAGUGUUCUGAAGUCAAUAUCUGAGCUUAACCCUUCAGAGCUACAAUACCUCACUCCAAUGGCUGCUAAUCAGUUGCCUGUUGGAUGCAAGAUGCGAAAACAUGACCAGUUGUGUCAACAACUGGCUUCCAGAGUGAAAGAAAUGCUAGCUGAGGUUCAGGCAGUAAAGUCAGACGUGGAUAAAAUAAGGCAACUGGCUUGUGAGACUCUCUUCCAUUCCUGGAAAAGCUUUGAGGUCUGUUCUUCAGGAGUAGAAUGUUUGCUAAAGGUUUCAACCCAGCUGCAGGAUAUAGAGUCCUUGUUCGUCCUCCCAGAGUUGGAAGUCAGUCAGACUGCAUCACAGAUGGCAUUAGUCAGAAGUCUCAUAUACAUCCAAGGAGAAAUUAAUAAAAGUGUAGAUGACUUCGCUAUCUGGAAAACACAACUGUUCAGUUCAAUUUCUCACUGUGAUGAGGAGCAAAAAUCAGAUGAUGGGUUUGUAGAACUCUUGUCAGAACAAAUAGAACUUGCAAUACAAGCGAUCCUAAGUGCUAUACAGUGUUUAGUAGAAAGAAGAAAGGAAAAAGAGGAGACUGAUACUUCCUUGAAGGAAGAUGGGGAAGAAUCCUCAGUUGACCAGCUUAAGGCAGGGCAUUUAACUAAACACUUGGAUGAGGACAUCUGUGCAGAUGUGAAUUCUUUGCGUGUACAGAAAAUAAUUUCAAUCAUUUCGGAACUCCUGGAGCGACUGAAAUCCUAUGGGGAGGAUUAUACUGCAUACAAGUGCAAGCUCUUCAAUCAAUCCUGCCACUUACUGGUGCGUCUAAUGCCAAUACUUUCCAAAUAUUCCAAUAUCAUCCUCUUCUACCUCACUGUUUCCUUGGCCACACAUAGGAGCACUGGGAAACUGCUUUCUGUUCUAGCCAACAUAUUUACUGAACUUGGCCAGAAGGGAUUUUGUUUACCAAAAGAGCUAAUGGAGGAUGCUGCCGGAGAGGGGGGAACCGAAUUCCAUGAUUACGAAGGUGGUGGCCUUGGAGAAGGAGAAGGCAAAAAGGAUGUCAGUGACAAGAUAGAAAAUGAAGAUCAGGUAGAAGAUACAUACCAAAAGGGUCAAGAAAAGGAGAACGAAGACCCAGAAUCCAAACCAGAUAUUGAAGGAGAGGACAAUGCAAUUGAAAUGUCAGAUGAUUUCGAAGGAAAAACAUAUGAUGGGGAGAAAGAAAAGCAAGAAGACGAUGAACAAUCUGAUGAAGAUGAGGACUUAGAUAAACAGAUGGGUAACCUUGGAGACGCAGAAGCUGACAAAUUAGAUGAGAGGCUUUGGGGAGAUGAUGAAGAUGAUGAUGAAGAUGAAGAAAAUGAAAGUGAUAAUGACAAUAACAUAACUGAAACUGGACCAGGAAUGGAUGAGGGUGAUACAGAACUUGUGGCAAAAGAUGACAAUGUGGAUGCUGAUGAUAAAAAUAAGAAACCACCCAAAGAUGAAGAAAAGCAAAAGCAAACGGAUGAUGGUGAAACUAAAGAGAGAAUCCAUGAACAAAUAGAUGAGCGUGAAUAUGAUGAGAAUGAGGUGGAUCCCUAUCAUGGGAAGCAAGAAGAGCAGCCUGAAGCUGAAGCAUUAGAUCUUCCUGAAGACCUGAACCUAGAAAAUGGGCAGAAGGAUGACGAGGACAAGGAAGAAGAAGGAGAAAACCCUUUUGAGAUUGAAGAGAAGACAAUGGACAUUGAUGACAAAGACAUGAAGGAGAAGGAUUCUGAAGAUACAGGUGAAGAGGUUCAGGAUCCUGAACAAGUUGAAAAAGAGUCCUCUGAAGAUAAAGGUGAAGGAGAAGAAAAAAUGGAAGAAGAAACAAAGGGGGAAGGAAGCACAGAGCAUCCUGAUGCAGGUACAGAAGAAGAAGAAUCUCCAACAGAAGAUCAAAAAGAAUCACUUGAAGAAGAGAGAGAAAGGGGCAUCCCUGCUAAUGACCAAGGCCUUAAUCCUCAGGAAAAUGACGAUACUGAUUAUCCUGAGAAGGACGAGCAGUUACCUGAUGCGGUUGAGAGGAUGGAACAUGAGACCUAUGGGCAGGCAGGAGAAGAGAACCUGCAGAGUGACACGGCUCUUGAGCUGGCUGGAACCGCUCCUGAGAAGGACCAGGCAAAAGAGGAGCAUGGAAGUGGGACUGCCGAUGCAAAUCAGUCAGAAGGACAUGAAUCUGAAUUAAUGGCACGAUUGGCAUCUCAGAAACAAAGCAGAAAAAAUACACAGAGUUUGAAGAGAAAACCUGGACAAGCUGACAACGAGCGCUCGAUGGGAGAUAACAGCCAGUAUGUUCACAAACGUUUGAAAACUGUAGAGUCCAGCAGUGAAGCAGAGCAAACACCAGCUCAGCCGGAACAAAAUGUGGGAGAAGCAGAUGCAUUUGAGCACGUUAAGCAAGGCAGUGAAUCCUACGAUGCACAGACCUAUGAUGUAGCUAGUGAAGAACAACAAAAAGCGGCCAUGCCUGUUAGUGAGGACAAUGAAGAACCAAUUUCUGAAGACAUAGCUAUGGAAACAGAAGCUCAGAAGGCGGAGGAUCUUAAAACUGUAGAGACGGAGAAACUGAAUCCAGAAAUAAAGAUGUCUGGCACUUCCAAAUCUGGACCUGAGGAAGUGGAGUUGGACAGCCAGGUUCGCAGUUCUGAAGAUGAUGACGCAGGUGGAGCAGACAAAUCGCCAUUAGAAGUAAAGCCAGAUAGAAACACAAAUUCUACUAUACAUACUGCCUAUCAGUUCUUGAGGGAUACAACUGUCCAGCACAUUGCUAAGAAUCCUGAACAGCUGAGGCAAGAACUAGAGAAGCAGCUGGAAGUUUGGCAAAGUGGAAACACUGCUGAGGAAAAGGCGGCAGCAGACAUGUGGCAGAGAUACCAUUUACUCACUGCGCCUCUUUCACAGCAGCUAUGUGAACAGCUCCGACUCAUACUGGAGCCAACUCAGGCAGCCAAGCUGAAAGGCGAUUAUAGAACAGGAAAAAGACUGAACAUGCGCAAAGUUAUUCCCUAUAUUGCUAGUCAGUUUCGAAAGGAUAAAAUCUGGUUACGAAGGACCAAGCCCAGCAAACGACAGUACCAGAUUUGCUUGGCUCUUGAUGACUCAGCCAGUAUGAUAGACAACCAUUCUAAACAGCUUGCUUAUGAAUCCCUGGCAGUGAUUGGAAACGCUUUGACUCUCUUAGAAGUGGGUCAAAUUGCUGUUUGUAGUUUUGGAGAGACAGUUCAACUACUACAUCCAUUCCAUGAACAAUUCAGUGACCAAUCAGGAUCCCGAAUACUACAGCUCUGCAAAUUUGAACAAAAGAAAACUAAGAUUGCUCAGUUCUUGGAAUCCUCAACAAAUAUGUUUGCUGCAGCACAGCAGUUGUCUCAAAACAUCAAUCCAGAAACUGCUCAGUUGCUCCUAAUAGUAUCAGAUGGACGAGGUCUUUUCCUUGAGGGCAAGGAACGUGUCAGAGCAGCUGUUCAGUCUGUUCAGAAUGCAAAUAUCUUCGUCAUUUUUGUAGUGCUGGACAACCCUAAUUCACGGGAUUCCAUCUUGGACAUUAAAGUACCUGUGUUCAAACACCCUGGAGAAUUGCCUAUAAUAAAGUCAUAUAUGGAAGAAUUUCCUUUUCCUUUCUACAUAAUUCUCAGAGAUGUGAAUGCUCUCCCAGAGACCCUCAGUGAUGCACUCAGGCAGUGGUUUGAAUUGGUAACUGCUUCAGACAGCCUGUAGAGUUUGCCAGGUCAAGUGAAUAUCUGGUUACCGGUUCAUCAGUGAAUUUGAGCUGCUGUUCAAUUGAACCAGAAAUCACACAAAACAUGCAUUCUCCCAUGUCAGUGCUGGAGACUAUGCAAUUCAUGGUGAAUUCUGACUGUGUUCACUUACUUCCUUACCUAUAUCUGGAAAUAGUGGAAAACAACCACCUCCCUUUUAUUACUCUUUUGAAUAAUUUAUUCUAAGUUUUAUUUAGUAUUUCUUUAUCAUUAAGAAAUAAGCUAUUCCUAAGACUCUGUUCCUAUAGUAGUAAGAAGCUAGUUUUGCUUCUAAGAGAGGAAGUUGCAACUAGAACUGUUUAAUUAAAAUUUAAAAAAUUGUCCUAGGUCAUGUGUGAGUGGACCCUGUGUUGUGGGAGGGAGGAGACUUGGAAUUUACACAGCCAAAAAAAAAACCCUACUUGAAUACUUGAAACUGUUCCAUGUUGCUGAAUAGUUGCUGGUUGUCUGAUAAUGCUAGAAGGGUAUUUUUAUGACACAAAAGAUGCUGCAUUAUCAUUUUACACUGUGAAGGUUGCCUUCUGUCCAAGGCAAAUACUAAGACAAGCAUUUUGGGAUCCUAAAAGCAUGCACAGGACUCUUUUGCGCGCGCGCCAAACCCUUUUUUCAUUGCAAAAACUAUGCAUCAUUUGUGAGUAAUAAAAAUGGUUU